UGAUUUUCCGCGAAAGGAAGCAAAGCUCAGGAUACUGUAGACAUUUCAUUACCACGGUUGUGAUAGCUACAUGCCAUAUGGAAUUCUCUCCUUGUGAGACCAUAGCCUCAUGACAGGCUGUCGGUAGUGUACAAGUCUCAACAAUCUCGACAAUCAGAAUGCCGAGAGGUCUGCUGCUAAACCAAAGUGUCCAGUAGAUUGUGAACAUGAAUGCAUUUUCUUCAGCAGUUCAAUUCCUAAUCAGGGGUUUUCAUGAAUACUGGUCACCGAGUACUCCGAAAUACCAAAAUGAUCCAAUGGACGUGGAAACAUGUCCUGAGAAACAUGCUGAAUACGCGCUUGACAAUGAGUCUCAUAAAGAUGAGCAAAUGGAUGUUGACUCAGACUCUAAUGAAUCCGAUGAACUCUGCGAAGAGACACACCAGCGAGAACAAGAAGUAAAAGACCAAGAACGGCUCAGGUGCCUGGAGACAGAACCAUUUUACCCAAAGAAACUUUUCUUCAAGAACGUGGCUCCAUGCGUCUCCACCGAGUUUCUUGUAAACUACCUGAAGAACAUAACUGGACAGGACUGCGUAGACCUUCUGUAUAGUAAUGAGCCUGGAGGUGUUCUGGCCACCUUCAAAACCGAACUCUAUUUUGCGAAAGUGAAAAAGAAAUGCCAGAAAAAGCUGCUAAAUAAAAGACAUCUGGAGGUAUGGAGGGUACCAGUCUCUAACAGCAUCCUCGUGGAGAACCUCAGCCCAAACACAGAUCCUAACCAUGUAUCUUGCUACUUUGAAACCCCGCGUGCUAAGGGGGGAACAGUGCUUGCAGUUAAACAAGUACGAGACAGAACCAAGUGUGUCGUCUUCUUUGAAGAUAAGAAAGCAACUGAGGGUGUCCUGAAGGCGACUCACAGACUCGGAGGCCGGAAGUUACGGGUCUCGCUCUAUCUGGAAUGUCUGGGACCCUCAGGAGGCAGAACAGAGCCCUACAUCUUUGUCCCUCCCCCUCCUGUAGAGCUGACAGAAGCAGACGAUCUGAAAGUCUGUUUUGUCACACACAGCGCCGACAUAUUGCAGAGCUUCAACGACCACCUGUCACAGGUUCAUGCCCAUGCCUCUGUAGUGGAAAAUGUUCUUAAAGUGAAUUGUACCCUCACAGAAUCGAUGCACAGUGUUCACAUUUUAGUGGAGACAUGGAGAGAAAAUGUAAAGAAACAGCUGACGACCUGCCUCAGUUCCGUUAGACUUCAAAGAAUAAAAGUGCCGCCAGAAGUAUGGGAAGAGGUGAAAACCAAUGUGGAAGAGUGUGGAGUCUGCUAUGGCGAUCUGGUCCUAACGCGCAAAGAAGAAAAAGACUUUUUAGUGUUGGGGAGAAGCAACACAAAAGGUGACACAUUUGAAAAGAUUCAAAGCAUUGUUAAGGUCAAACAGGAAGAGUUUGAGGUUAGGAAACAAACAGUAAAUUGCACAAUAAAGCUUAAGAAACAUCAACUAGAUCUCGUCAAAUCAUCGUCCUUUCUUUCAGACCUAGGAACACAAGAUGGAGGUCCCAGAGUAGAUAUUCAUUUUCAAGACGAAGAAAUAACAUUCCAGGGUCAGCUGACGGCGAUAAGAGAGGCGCAGGUAAAGAUGUUUGAUGUCAUCAAUGCCACUUUCUCAAUGGCAGUGACAAAUAUUCCCGACUGUCAACAACGUCUUCUCGCCACUGACACAUCUCACGAAGCUGUGAGGAAAAAACUCACAGCAGCUGAUCUCGCUGCAUCAUGGGAGUGUUACAAUGAAGGAGUUGUUGUAGUCUACAGCUUAAAACAGUCUUGCCUCAACCAAGCUGCUUGCUUAAUUCAAACAUCGUUCAAGAGUGAAACCAUAUUUGUCAAGGAAUCAUCUUCCAGUUUGCUGAAAACAAGUGAAUGGAAAUGUUUUAAAGAAAAGCUUUUGGAAGAAAACUGCGGACUUCUAACAAUCAUCACAAAUCUCCGCACCAUUUUCAUCACAGCUUUCUGCGAUAUUAUGGUUGCUGUCAAAGAAGAGGUGAGAAAGUUUGUUUCAGAAAACACCAUCUACUCCACAGUUUUCAAGCUUUCACCAAGUCGUAUGAAGUUUGUGGCCCUGUUUUGGGAAAACAAACUUGCUCUUAUCGCUUCGUCUUUGAAAGUGAAGAUUACUGUGCAAGAUGACAAGAAGGAUAUUCUGGUCAGAGGAACAAAGAACGGUAUUGAGAAUGCGAAAAGAGAGCUGAGUUCCCUGGAAAAACAAAUUAUUUGUAUAGAAGAAGAGAUUACAAGAAAAGAAACCGUCUCCUAUCUUACUGACCUAAAGGACAUCAGCACAUUGGAUGCCUUUGCUUGCACCCGCAGGUGUGUUCUGUCUCUUCACCCAGAACCUCAGAUGGUACCUACAGAUCAACCCUCUCUAAGUCCCCCAAAAGUGCAUGCAUUACUAAAGGACAUCACUCAGCUCUCUGUGGAUGUCAUUGUCAACGCAGCCAAUGAACGAAUGGAUCAUGCCGGGGGACUGGCCAGACAUAUUGUUUUGAAAGGCAUUGGUGAAUGCGAGCUUGUUCUUACAGGAGGCAUAGCGAUACAGAAAGAGUGCUACAAUAUUCUAAAAACCAGAGGCAAGCUGUCAGAAGGCGAUGUGCUGGUGUCAGGACCAGGGAAGCUUCCCUGCAAGUCCAUCAUCCACGCUGUGGGACCUCGGUAUAAGGGAGGCAACAAAGGGGAAGAAGAAUGUCUCCAAGCUACAGUGUUAGAAUGCUUGAAGACUGCCACUGACCUAGGGUACACUUCUAUUGCUUUCCCAGCCAUCAGCUCAGGAAUAUUUGGUUACCCUGUUAGGGAGGCAACUCGUGUGAUCGUGGAAGCUGUUCGAUCUUUCUUCAGUACCAACACUGACAGCAGCAUCAUUGAUGUCCGACUCGUUGAUAUUUUGCCUCGCACUAUCCAGGACUUCGAAAAAGCCUUAGAAGGAGCAUCAAAUCAACAGAUGUCCACUGAUUUAAAGUCAGGUUCUCCAGGACUGGUACUUGUUACACCUGGAGGGGAACAUAAAAAGCGCACGAUUGUUCCUACCAUCAUUCGGGACAUCAAUCUGCUAAAUGUGGAUGCAGUUUUGAUUGCUGUUAAUACAGGAAUGUUUCACUUUGGUGACAUUGCAAAGAUUAGAGAAAUUAAGGAAGAGUGUCAAGAAAGUCUAAAAACGAAGGGUGAGCUGUCAGAAGGAGAUGUACUGGUACUAGGUCCAGGAAAGCUUCCCUUCAAGUCCAUUAUCCACGCAGUCGGACCUCGACUUAAAGAUGGCGACGAAGGUGAAGAAGAAUGGAUUCGGGCGACAGUGACAAGAUACUUAGAAACUGCCUCCGACAGAGGGUACACGUCCAUUGCCCUGCCCGCCAUCAGCUCCAGAGUGUUUGGCUACUCGGUGGAGACAUCUGUCCGAGUCAUCGUGGAUACUUUGAAGGCUUUCUUCAACAUAAACCACGACAGCAGCGUUAUCGAUGUCAGGCUCAUCGAUGGUUUCUCACACAAUGUUCAAGAGUUUGAGAGAGUGUUAAGCUCAGGAUCUCUCGAAAGCAAUCCUUUACCCGCUGCUUCACCUGAACCCUCCAUAGCACCUGGUGCCGCUUCUUCAGAGCCUUCAGACCGGACGAUUUUGAGCAAUAAUCAGUCGUCGGAAAGCCAGAGUGAGGCAGGGGUCGCCACUCAGCAAACAGACGGCGCAACAGAAAAUCCUGUCAAUGAAGCUACAUCCCACACCGACGGACCGGCCAGAAAUGCUUCCAUGAUAGCCUUAGCAGUGGACAUUACUCAACUAAACGUGGAUGCCAUUGUGAAUCCCAUCAAUAAGGACUUGGAUAUUUCUUACAGAGUGGCCAAACGUGUUGUUGAGACAGGAGGUACAGAGAUACAAGAAGAGUGUCGCCGUCUUCUCGAAGACAUGGGCGAGCUGUCCGAAGGCGACGUGCUGGUGUCAGGACCAGGAAAGCUUCGCUGCAAGUCCAUCAUCCACGUAGUUAUACCCACAAAUGCAGAGGAUGACAAGGUAGAGGAAAGUAUGCUGACAAUAGUUGUGAAAUGUUUAGAAACGGCCUCUGAGAGAGGAUACACUUCCAUAGCCCUGCCACUCCUCACGUCGAAUACAUGGGUAUUUACCUACACGGAUAAGCUCGCGGCACGUGCAACGGUGAAGGCUGUACGUGGUUUCUCGCCAUGUACCCGGACAGCAGCAUCAAAAACGUGACAUUCUGUGACACUCGCUCAGAAGCUGUGACAGAAUUCAGGGCUUCGAUAACAGAUUCUCUAGUCGUAGAGCAAGGUUUUGAUUUUCAAACCGCGGGGACCUUGGGAACGUGCCGCGCAGUGGACGAUGAAGCGUGUUUGACAGUAAGUACAGUGUAGGAGAAUCCGGUAGUAACGCUUAGUUCUUAUUUUACUUUGUUGUAAGAUGUGACGGUAGAAGCCAAGAGGAAAACACGAAAAGAGUUCAUUAUGUUUUGGAACACACUCCGUGGAACGAACUGUUUGUUUUCCUCGAGGCACUUCUAUUCUGUCCUUAUCUUUAAUUGACACUGUUAGUGCUGAUGACAUAGUCGAAUUGUGUUUAAGGCAAUAAAUCAUAUGCGUCUUCUGAAAUGAUGCAGAUUGUAAUUUCAUGCUCUCCCCAUCCCCCCAUCCUCCAUAUUUGUUCACCUUGUGUUUAAUCGGAUGUUUCCUUUCCUUU